AUGUCCGUCCUUCAGAGACUGCAGAAGCUCUCAGAGUUGCAGUGCCUGCUCCUUGCUGUCCAAUAUGCCACCGAAUCGAACAUUGACGCUCUGCGAGCAUUGACGGCAUUGCGCGAAUCUGAAUUACCACUGGGGCUUGUGUUGAAUAUCCUUCUUACAUUUUUGCCAGAAGGUACGGAACCUACGACAUAUUUGCAGUAUCUAAACGAGCUUGCGACCGACGCACGGCAUCCUGGCGACGACCCCGCUGCCCAUCUAGAUAUUACCGCAGUUGAGGCACUAUCGAAAUCGCAAGCGAAGAGGAGAAGGAAAGGAAUAGAGCUUUUGCCGCUUGCGCAUAUCCAGUACGAUGCAGAGCUCGACCUCGACCCGUUCAGCCAGUUCCUCAUUCACCGCGCGCAUCGCAUCGAUUCCCAGACCGGUCUGCUCGAUCUCGUCCCACAACUCAUCGUCCCCUUCCUGAACCACUCCGAGUACCUUCGAACAUGGUUCAUUUCGACCGUCUUACCGCUCCUCCGCAUAAGUUACGAAUACUACCCCCAAGGCGCUGCUUUGUCACUUGACGAAUUCGCCAGCUUGAGGGGGGCUCGGGCGUUGGACUUCAAUCUCUCGAAUCUUCGCGCAGCGAGGAAAGCCGGAGCAGACACAGAAAACGCGGCACGCGACUUGAAGGGCAUAGUGUCACCAUGGAUAUGCGGCGCAAACGAUCGCAAGAGGCGCAAGAUUUCAGGCGAGACCCGUAGGCCUUCGAUAGCAGAAGAGUCAACACAAGAGUCAAGCGACUGGGAUACUCUGUUUCACUGGCUCCUGCGUACUUCGAAGGAAGAUCUUUACCUAGUCACUGCGGCGAUAUCGGAAUGGGACGGACCUGAAGAUAUGGAUCUAGGGGGUUUCGAAGAAGGUCGUGACUAUGUGGAUGAGGAAACGCAACGCCGUCUGGAGAUGAAGUAUGCACAAACAGCGCUAUCAUGCCUAUAUCUGGUCGAUGGGAGCGAUAUUGGCGUACUUCAAACGGCGCAUGCCCUGCUCACACGCAUAUGCGAUCUUCUCCACUGCGAACCACCGCCGAAUCUCAACAUCGGCGUCGAAGCGCUUCCAUCAUAUGACCUCACAAACCCGAUAUUACAAGACGCGACCUCUUCUUUGAUCCAAGAAGACCGACUUCUAGCCUCUGACAACAGCAUCACAAGACCAGAGCAAGCCACCUUCCGCAUCGUUGAGCUGGUCCUCUUCUCAGCGUGCGUCUUAUCGAGCCUCCAAUACCCCAUCUCCCCACGAACGGUCGCAAAGAUGUCACUGAGGGACGAUUACUCUGACCAGUAUUCGCUCCUACAGAAGGUGCUCCAUACUCUGAGCAGUGGUUCGAAGAAAGACAGCGAUCAAUGGCGGACCAUCAGAUCGAAACUGCUGUGGCUGUGGAACUGGGGGACAGAUGCUCACGACAACGACCGCAAUGGACAAGGCAUCUUGGGUAUGCUCGAGAAGACAACAAUCGAGACUGAGAUCCUGAAAUCUCUCAUCGAGGGCAGUCACUAUCCGCUCGCGGUUCAGAUCUACGUCAAGCCAGCUUUCGGCGAACACCCUCUUCUGCAAUCUGAAGUUGAGAAGGUCGUCUUAUCAGCUGCUCUGAAUCACUACGACAAUGCCAGCAAUGGAAACCGCAACAGAGGUGGUAUGAAACGCUGCGCGGAGAUUGUUGCUGCCUUCGCACCUCAUUUCUCCAAGUCUCCACGCUUCCAAAGGACCCAAGCUUUGCUUUCAGCGACCCACGCAAUGUCUUUCUACUCUUUGAUACUUCAACAUGGAGUUCCGUUCCAGCCAGUGAGCAUAAGAGUCAGCUCGGAUCCUUUGUCGCUCAUACAAAAGCUGCUGUUGCAGAACCUCGGCAGCUAUACCAAGCUGGACGAUCUGAUAUCCAUAGGACGCAAUCUGGUAGUAUCGAGACCAUCGUCGAUCAUGGAUGACACCAAGGACGCUGAUCAGCUCGAUGCGACAACAGUUGAGAAGAGGUCAGCCGCGGCUGAGCAUCGAGUCAUCGGCAUGGCCAUCGAUGCAGCGCUCGAAGAGGGUGACUUCGAGACGGCAUACUCUUACGUCGUCAACCGCCUGACACCAACCGCGACACCGACACCAGCAGCCUCAACGUUAUCACAGCGCUUCUCAUUUGACUCCAACGCCCCAGAAAAGCAGACUGAUGACACAGACGACGUCGCCUGGCGCGCAGCUCUCCGCGCCGGCCGUUACCAGCCCUCCCUAUCCGCAUCCAGCACUUGGUCCCACGGCGCAACCGCACGCCCCGACCUCCGCCGCCUGGAGCAGCGCAUGGAACUCCUCUCCCAGGCGCUCCUCCUCGCCCCGCCCCCGCACCUCGAAGAAGUCCUAAACGUCUGGCAGCAAUGCGAGACCGAGAUGACGGACCUCCUCGCCCAAGAAUCCGAAGCCGAGGAGCGCUUCAACGACGCCGCCGACCGCAAGCUCCCUGGCGCCUUCGACACCGGCUCGCUCCCCACCGUGCAGCCCCGCCGCGAAGUCGGCCGCGGCGCCGUCGAGGAGUCGCCCAUGGGCCUGUUCGACGUCGCGCGCGGCGCUGCCGCCGCGUUCUCCAAGAGCGCGUUUCCGCUGCGCAGCAACACGCAGUCCUCGUCGCGGCCCGAGUCGCGCGAUGCCGUGCGCGCGAGUAUGGAUCUCAGUGACUCGGAUAGCAUGCACGCGCACGACGAGCGGGUGAGGAAGAGGGAUCUGCUAGCGAAUACGGCGACGGGGGCGCUGCAGUCUGGGCUCGGGUGGAUGCUGGGUGCUAAACCGGUCAACGACCAGAGUCGAUGA